CAGUUCCCCAGAUAAGGCAGUGUAUCUCAUAGUUAUUUAUUAAUCAGUUUGUCUUCUUAAGUUUUUGCUAAAAUAUUUAUUAUUAAUAUAAUAUGAAUAAUUUAGAUACAAGUUUGCAAGUGCAUUCUAAAUUGGAAAAGGAGACUUCCAAUUUGGUUUUGUUACGCGAGAGGGUGGAUAAAUACCAUGACUUGUCCAAUCAGAUGUCCGAUAUCCUAACAGUGUUUGAAAAUCGCUUGGGAAAACUUGAGCAAACCAUACUACCAGUUUAUCAAGAAACUGAGCAAUUACAAAAGCGUCAGCAUAAUUUGGAAGCCACUCUCAAUUGUUUGGAAACAGUGUUGUCCCAUUAUGAUGUCUCACAAGAAGUAUGCAAUCUUAUACAUCAAGGUCCAACCGAGGGUAGUGUGGGCAUAUUUCUCGAAGCAUUGGGUAGGUUGCGCUCUGCCAUGGAGUAUUUUCUUCAUCAUAAUUCCCAGAGCGUUGAAUUGGAAAAUGUAACCAGUCUUUUUAAUACUGGCUGCGAAGGCCUCAACAAUCACUAUCGUUUGUUGUUGAAGAAAAACGGAUCGCCUUUAAAACCUGUGGACAUUUUGGAUCUCAUCUAUAAUGAAGAUGAUUCAUCAAAUGAUGAAUACACCUCUUUUAGACAGUUGACUCAAAGUACUAGGGAAGAAUUGUUUACAAUAUCACAUUGGUUGGAGCAGAAUUUAAGAUUCGAAUAUACUGUGAUUUAUGCCAUCGAACGGGGAGAAGUUGUAUUUCGUUCGUUGCAAAAUUUAAAAGAUCAUCAGAAAAGUAGCAGUUGGGGCAAUGAAGCAUUGAAAUCUCGUCAUACUGGACGCCAGGAAACAAAAAAAAGUCCCUCCAUGCGUUUACAACAAAUAUUUGAACGUAAAGCCAAUAAAUUGUAUUUAAAAGCCACCCAAACUUUGGAACAAUCAACUGGCAUUUCAAUUAAAAAAGCCACUUCUCAUUCAGAGCACUUAUCCUCUGAAGAGUAUGCUGAUGGUGAUCAAGAAUUAGAUAAAUAUCUGGUCAUGCUGCUUGGACUACAGCGUCUUCUUAACUGGGAACGUGCUUUAAUGCAAGAGAUAAUACCGAAUUCAAAACAAUCCGAUGUAUUUGCUAAACUCGCCUUCAAAUCGCUUGAUAUGGUGGUUAAAGAUGCCGAAGCAAUAACAAAUCGCAUAAUGCGUAGCAUCACACGCAAAGAAUGGACUUCGGCUUUAGGUAUAUUUAAGACAUUGAAAAAUGUUUUACUGCUACAACCCGAUAUCGAUCGUACCUAUGAUGUUCAACAGCGAGAACAAUUGACAAACGUUUUAAAUAAAUUACAGCACACGGGUGCCAAAGCCUUGGAACAUUUCCUAGAAGCCGUAAGAGGCGAUACAACAACAAAUAUAGUGGGCAUGAAUUCCAGUACUUUGGGUUAUGUCAAUGUACCUAAGGACGCUACUGUGCACGAGUUAACAUCGAACACAAUAUGGUUUAUAGAAAAUCUUUUAAAUCACUACGAUGUCAUUGGUGUAAUACUACAGCCGGAUGUACUCUACUCCACACAGCUGGAUACAAUACUUAUGAAAAAACCUUUGCCCGAAGAGGAACGCAAUAAGGCACUAUUGGCCAUUUACAUAAAAAAAGCUUUAGCUGAAUUAAAUCUCUCCAUAAUGAAUAAAUGUGAACAAUACAAUGAUCAGGCUACCAAACACUUGUUCCGUUUAAAUAACAUCAAUUAUAUAUUAAAUUCGUUAAUAACUUCGAAUUUAAUUGAUAUUGUGACGAUUGCCGAACCCGAUUGUCGCAAUAGUUAUAUUGAAACUAUAAAAGAAUUGAAAUUUUCGUAUCAAAAAACUUGGUCGAAAAUGCUAUCGAAUAUAUCGCCUUUAGAUGAGUUGCCCAAACCUACACAGGGUAAAGUUAAAGAUAAAGACCGCAGUAUUUUAAAGGAAAAGUUUGUGACUUUCAACAAAGACUUUGAAGAAGCUUGUAAAAUUCAAAGGGGCAUCUCUAUUCCGGAUGUUAUGUUGAGACAAGGUAUUAAGCGUGAUAAUGAGGAACAUAUAUUACCCAAAUAUAAUGAAUUUUUCAAUAUGUAUGCUGGUAUUCAAUUUAGUAAAAAUCCUGAUAAGUAUAUUAAAUAUAAGCCGCAUGAAAUUAAGGCCUGCCUUAAUAAACUCUUUGACGAUUCUGCUUAACUUAUAAUCACACAAAUUUAUUUAUUCCGUUUUUAAUUUCAUUAAAUUUAUAUUAUAAAGUUAGAUAUAAAAAAUGUCUUAUCGUAUAACAAUUAUUAUUAACUAAGCAAAUAAAUAAAUAAUUUCAUAAAUAUAUUAAAUAUGUAUGUAUGUA